AUGUGCAUGAACAUGAUCGCUAAUAUUUAUUAUGUGAACUACAUGACGUCAGAAUGCAAGUGUUCAGGAGUACGAUCAGUUGUAUAUAUAAUAGGUCAUGCGCUUCGGAGCAUCACAGUAUCAUUUGGAACUCAUCCACAUUUAGUUAAGUGCACCGGUGGAUUAUUCAAAAUGAAAUUGGUCGUGAUAGCAGCUUUAAUCGCAGCGUGCACUGCAGCUCGGCUGGAGCACUUAGAACGCUCCUACUUACCUCCCGAUAACAGCAUCAUCCCAAGCAAGCACAGUAGUUCACGAGACUUUGGUUCAUCCUUCGAUUUGGGGUCCAGCUUUGGUCAACACCAAGGAAAUCCUCAGAACUCUUUCCCCAGCGCUUCAAACCGUUACUUGCCACCUACCAAGGGAGCUUCAAACGAUGCUACUCAGUUUAUUGGUAGCGUAAAAGGUUUCGGCGGCCAACGCGACGCUCCUAAUCCAAAUCAGCAAUAUUCCAGCCCUAGCAUGUCUUACGGUACUCCUCAACCUAGCACUGGAAGAUCUCAAUCUCAGUUUGGAGCUGCUAACCGGCAAUACUUAGCUCCAGUCGCUAGCCGUAAACAGAACUCUCAACUUGGAGCUCCUAGUCGUCAAUAUCUAACUCCCAAUGCAGGUGCAUCUCAAAAUGGAAAUCAACAAUUUGGAUCUUCAAGUCAAUAUCAGCAGUUUGGAGCCGCUGCCGGACGUGUUCAAAACUCACAACUUGGAUCGGCUGCCAGCCGUCAAUAUCUCGCACCUCUCGCUGGUGGCUCUCAGAGUGACAGUCGACAGCAGUUUGGUGGUUCCAACGCUGGUGGAUCUCAGAUUGACAACCGUCAACAAUUCGGUGGUUCCAACGCUGGUGGAUUUCAGAGUGAUAGCCGUCAACAGUUUGGUGGUUCCAAUGCUGGUGGAUCUCAGAGUGAUAGCCGUCAACAGUUUGGUGGUUCGAGCGUUGGUGGUUCUCACAGUGACAACCGUCAGCAGUUUAGCGGUGCCAGUGUUGGUGGUUCUAAGAGUAACAGCCGUCAGCAGUUUGGUGGUUCCGGCGUUGGUCAGCAACAAAGAUUUGAAACUACUCCCAGCCGACAAUAUCUAACUCCUCAAGCUAAUAGUUUCCCAAGCAAUGGAAAUAAGCAGUCUGGAGUUUCAGACAAUAGCAGAUUUGGAUCUGCUACUAACCGUCAGUACCUUGCUCCUGGCUUCAGUGGUUCACAGGGUACUGGCAAUCAAAAAUUUGCAGGAUCUACCUUAGGCCAGCAACAGUUUAGGUCUUCCAACUCCCAAUACUUUGGUUCUGAUUCUGAACAAUUUAAUGCAGCUCCGCGAUUUGGAGCUGCAAGUCGUCAGUUGUACCUUGCGCCUCAUGCUUCCGGUUUGCAAAAAUCUCGCUUCCAAGCCAUGAUCGGAAGUGAAGGCUUAGCAGGUUCUAGUCGUCAGUACCUUGCUCCACGCUUUGACUCUUUCGAAGGAGUUCCCCAACAGGCUUUCAAUGAAAGAACGGGAUACCAAUAUUGA